AUGGUUCCGCCGGCCCGAGAGGCGCCCUUGGCAGUAAGCCCUCCCGCCGACGCCAAGAGCCUCAUCCUGCCUCCCGCUCCGUCGCCCAUCGCAAAUCUCACGCCGCCCUUGACGCCCGUCGAAGAGGCCGGCUGCUCGUCUGCGCCCUUCGCAGAACCCAAGAUAUCCAUUCUAGGCAGCGUUCAAACACAGGUAUCGCCACUAUGGGCUGCACAGUUCGACGGGCCGAGCGAAUGCUCCCUCACCCUCGAGUAUCGUCGUGGCCAGGACGGCGGGUUGAUAAAGUAUGGCGAAGGCGCCUGGAGUAAGGUAUACAGUGCGAUAAGCGUUGAGCAUGCACUCUCCCUCAAUGCCUCUCCGCCUAGAACUCCGACUCGCGCAAUCUCCUCGUCCCCUAGACUGGGGCCGUCAAGCGGAGACACCACUAUAUUCGCCGUCAAGGUGGCGUCCGGACGCGAUGCACACCCUAUCAUCUGCGCAGAAGCAGAUAUAUUGACGUACCUGCACCGCCUGCCGGGCAGCACAGCUCACAUCGUGCCGUUCCACGGCUAUAUACCCUCUCUACACGCUAUCGUGAUGACUGCCAUCCCACUCUCCUUUGCAGACUAUAUCAAAGCCCGCUCGACCGAGGCUGCUGCGUCCUUUAGCACGAGAACGAUGUUCAAGCCCGUUGUGGGGACAGCAACCUGGCUUUCUUUGGCCUCUGGUUUAGUCGAAGGCUUACAUUGGCUUCAUGAUGUUGCUGGCGUGGUCCAUGGCGAUGUUAAACCGCAGAAUAUCCUCCUCCGUCAACGCAUUCCUAGCAUCAACGCCAGUACUGCAAACACCGGGAAUGCCAGCAUCAACGAUAAGACCGUGGAUGCAUACGACCCGCUCUUCGUUGACUUUACAUCCGCGCACUGUCUGCACGCCAACGACAUGGUUCCAAGUUCAGCCACUGGUCUAUCAGCACUGAGUCCGCCAUUCACAGCUCCAGAGCUCCUAUCGGUUGCGUCCCUGGCAGCCCCAGAAAUCGUACCAGCACCUUCAUCAGACGUCUUUUCGCUGGCAGUUACCCUACUCGCAGCUGCAACGGGUUAUGUGAACAUUUACCCUGGAGCGGACCGCAUGCAGCGUCUCGCCAUGUCGCGAGACGGCCAUCGUGUGCUUGAUUAUAUCCGCUCCGGGGACCAAGGAACUAGAGUUCCGCGCAAGGGUAUCGUGGAGAGGGUUAUUUCUCCUGCUGUGCUGAAGGAGGCAGAGAGGAGGGUGACUGCAGAGCAGUGGCUAGGGACUGUUAGAGGCGAGGUUGCAGCUUUUGCACAAGAAUGA